AUGGAUACGGAUCUCUACAGUACCGCACACUCGGAUCUCUACAGUAUCACUGGACAGAUUUCAGCAGAUUUAGUGCAAACAGUUGAAGGUGCGUCGGAUGGAACUUCAGGUGAAAAUUCAGGUACAACUAUUGUUUUAGGUUCAGGUGGAAGGUUAGGUGGUGCAACUGUUGGUGAAGAUUCAGGUGGGUCGCAGCAUUUGCUGGGCGGGAGAUGGCCGAUUGGAGCGGCGCGUAGCGUGGUGCGCCAUACGCGCUCGCAGAUGAUUGGCCAAGAGGCAGCACGUGCAGUGGGAGCAGCACGUGUAUCACUCUCCUCGUCUUCGUCAUCAUCUGUGUUAUCCGCCUCCCUCACUGCAUCAAGACGGGUAGUAUACCAGCAAGCACACCACCCCCAGCACCACAAUCAGCAGCAGCAGCCGCAGCAGCAGCAGCCGCAGCAGCAGCAUCGGCAGCCGCAGGGGCGGCAUCCGUCGGUCAUUGUCGCAUCUGAAGCCACAGUUAACACCCUUCUGCCCGUCCAAUCAGCUGCUAGCACAGCUUCUCCACGUGGCAUGCCAGGGAGCAGUCCACGUGGCGGGCCAGAGAAGCACCUACCAACCAGAAGCAGCUCCAACGGUUACCAGUUCCAACCUUCCAACAACUUCCGUUUCCCUCCUUCCAUCGUUGGCAGCAGAAGCAUGCCUUCCCCCCCAUCCCCCCCUUUCUGGGCCUCCUCCGUGCACUCCCCCAUAUCUGCCUACUCCGCCCACUCCCACAUCUCCGCCCACUCCGCCCAGUCCCCUUCCCGUUCCCUCCACUCCCCUGCAUCGCCACAUUCCGCCCUCUCCCCCCUCUCCGCCCUCUCCGCUCCCGCAUCCCUCCCGCGGCACAAGCGUGGAGGCUCUCUCCCCCUGCGAUCCAUCCCUUCUGUUGAAAUGACUCAAGACUCCCCUGCAUCAACCCACUCCGCCCUCUCUGCCCACUCCGCCCUCUCUGCCCUCUCCGCCCACUCCGCCCUCUCCGCACUCUCACUCCACAAGCGUGUAGGCUCUCUCCCCUUGCGAUCCAACCCUUCUGCUGAAAUUACUCAAGUGGGGCAGCAGGGCCUUUCACUUGGAGCUGUAUAA